UUGCUUGUCUCUUGUUGCUACAUUUCGUUCGAACUGGAAGUAGCAAAGUGUAGCAAAGUAAAUAUGUCUGUCGUGAGAGGAAUUACGGUCUUCUUCGCGCUCUCGAUGCUAACGAGAGUCUGUUUCUUGGCGACGACUAAGACUACUCCGUUUAGUGCCGUAAGAAAUAUCAAAAGCAUCGCUGGCAUGUCAAAGUUCGAUUUGCCCAAUCGUUUGAAAGGCAAUGAAAAAUCUGUUUGGGUUGAAUAUAUCCAGCUCGCUCUACAGUAUAAACCUUUGAAUUUGGGUCAGGGCUUUCCUGACUAUUAUGCACCAGAGAAUGUAACCAAUGCCCUAGCUGCUAUUGCCAAAAGUGACAAUCCACUUUUGCAACAGUAUACAAGAGGAUUUGGUCAUCCUAGAUUAGUAAAUGCAAUCGCCAAGUUUUAUUCUAAGCUUAUUAACCACGAUUUGAAUCCAAACACAGAAGUGCUGGUUACUGCAGGUGCUUACGAAGCUUUAUACGCUACCUUGCAAGGUCACACUAAUCCUGGAGAUGAAUGGAUUAUCAUUGAACCUUUCUUUGAUUGUUAUGUACCUAUAAUACAAUCUGCCGGAGGAAUUCCCAGAUACAUAGCAUUAAAACCGAAAAUUACAUCUGGCACAGUUACAUCUGCGGAUUGGGUAUUUGAUAGAAAAGAAAUGGAAAGUCUUUUUAAUGAGAAAACCAAAGGUAUUGUCAUCAACACUCCGCAUAAUCCCAUAGGAAAAGUGUUCACAUUGGACGAGUUGCAAUUUAUUGCUGAUCUUGCAAAAAAAUGGAACGUGCUUGUAGUUUCUGACGAAGUUUAUGAGCAUAUUGUUUAUAAGCCAUAUAAGCAUAUAAGAAUUGCUACAUUGCCCGGUAUGUAUGAACGCACGAUUACGAUUGGAUCAGCAGGCAAAACAUUCAGCGUUACAGGCUGGAAGAUAGGUUGGGCUUAUGGACCAGAGAAUUUGUUGUAUAAUCUGCAAGUUGUACAUCAGAACUCUGUAUACACAUGCAGUACGCCAAUUCAGGAAGCGAUAGCUAUUGGAUUUGAAUUGGAAAUGGAACGUCUUGAACAGCCAGAAUGUUACUUUAACAGUUUGGCAAUGGAAUUAUUGCCAAAACGCGAUUAUAUGGCGAAAUUUCUUCGAGAUGUCGGCAUGGUACCAACAAUACCCGAAGGUGGAUAUUUUAUGCUCGCUAACUGGUCUGCAUUGGAAAGCAAAGUGAAACUACAAGAAGAAACGGAUGAGAACAAGGAUUACAGAUUCACUAAGUGGAUGACGAAGAAUGUCGGUCUUCAAGGUAUUCCCCCUUCGGCGUUUUAUGGUCCUGAACAUAAAAAUCUGGCGGAGGACUAUGUACGAUAUUGUUUUAUAAAGAAAGACGAAAAUUUGAAAGCAGCUGGCAAUAUUUUGAAGAAAUGGGCGUCUCAAUAAUUGACUCUGUACAUGUAUAUAUGUAUGUGUAUAUUGCAUGACUUAAUAAGUCAUUCUUAUACACUGCAUUAGAUUUUUGAGUCGCUUUUUACACAUAAAACAUUUGAUAUAAUUAAGAAGAUUUUAUUACUUGUGAUUAUUUACUUAUGAUUAAUUACUUGUGAUUUUUAUGUAUCUAUCCUCUUGAAUCUGUAAAUAAUUCAUUCUUGUUACAUUUGUAAUAUUUAUAGACAUAAAUUUAGACAUAGUAAAUUUUUACGAUAUAUAUUUUUUGACAUGACAUAUGAUUCAGAGAGAUGAUAUUUUGUGAUAUCGAUUAUUACUCGACCAACGUUACAACAUUAAAUUACAAAUCGAAGUCUUUUCGAAGCCAUUUCUUGACAUUUCUUGUGUCAGCUCCAAACGUUUUACCGCAUCUGCGAAAUAAACAAAUUGUUGAAUAAAAU